UCCCUCCGUCGCAUCUCUUCCUUCGGUUGCUUGCGUUGCGCUCACUCCAACAGGCAACAGCAACAGACGUCGCCGACCCCCCGGGCCGCCAAAGCCGACCGAGUCCGCCGAAGAAAAGCUUGCGUCACGCCGCCGGCGCGCUCGCGAGGAAAUGGAGGAUCGUGCGGCGGCCGCCGGCAGCGGCGAGGGCGGGAGGGACCGUGAGGAUGCGCUGUGGAAGGGGCUCGCCCCGCUGUCGAGUCAGAGCAUCGAGGAGAGGAGGGCGCUCCGGUCGGAGUAUGCCGGCGUCAGGGCCAUGAUCCGCGAAGACAGUGCAGAGGUGAAGGGCGACCCUACCCUCGGCCACUUCGACGCCGCCUUGAACAAGAUUGAAAAGCUCCAUGAAAAAGUGCAAAGGCCAAUGGAGCAACUUGCUGAUGCUGAGGCUCUGCUGGACCUCGGCAAUGCUCUGGUUUCUUCUACCAAGUUGGAAAACAGUGAUGGUCCGACUCCAUCAGAAUUUAUCACAGCUCUAAUCAGCAAAUUUGGUGCUAAAGCCUCACCGACUGUUGAUUCUAAUGGAUCGUUCUCCUGGUCAAGCCUUGGUUGCGCGGUAUCAGGACUGUUCAUGCCAGCUGCGGGGUGCCAAACAAUGAAUGGUCCUAUGGGUCUCGGCCUCGCAGUCAAGGAACGAAGGCAGAAUGUUAGAAGACAAUCUCGACACUUGGGUAGUGAGCCUGCAGUGCCUGAUGAAUUGGCACCAGACCGAGAUGAAAGGAAUGACACCGACAAGAGCAUCGCUGUCAUGUUCAACCUCUUAAGGAGUCACAGCAACAGAAAUGUAAAGCUGGAACAUCUCAUCUUAAACCGGCAGUCUUUUGCACAAACCGUCGAGAACAUAUUUGCACUUUCAUUUCUCGUGAAGGACGGAAGAGCAGAGAUAUAUGUGGCUGACAAUGGAGAUCACUUUGUUGCACCAAGGAAUGCUCCUUCAGCUGGAUCCAUAGCCUCGAGGGAAGUGGUCAACAGCCAGUUUGUCUUCAGGUUUGAUACGGAGGACUGGCGGAUAAUGAAAGGCAUGGUCAAUCCAGGGGAGGAACUAAUGCCUCAUAGGAGUAGCUAUCAUGGAGGUGAAUACAAGACGACCACGCAAUCUUGUUCUGCUCCUGAUUGUUCUAAGCUGGCUUCACAUUUCGAGCACCCAGAAGAAGGUGGGUUUGUGAAAGAAGACCCAGAAGAGUUCACAGAAGACGAAGAAGCAAUGAAGCUAGACUUGGUCAAGUGCUGCUCUAGAGAUGGCGGUCUUAAAGAGGAGGAAAAGGCAACAUGUUGCUCGGAGGUUGUUCUGACUUAGUGGCUAGUAAAUGCAAGACGAAGUAGGCACAACAGCAAGUUAACACCAUUUUAGCAGUAGGUUCAGUAGCAAAUUAACACCAUUUUGGAAAAGCUUGACGAACGAAAAGCUCUAGCAAAGCAUGAUUAGGGAGCUUUUGUUUGCACUUGCGUUCCUGCAAGGAGGGGUACACGACGUUUCAGAGUUCAGACUGAAGAACGUGUGGCUGUAAGUAGUUCUAAUGUAAGGACCUUUGAACAUCUGUGCUAAAGGCCCUUUUAUUCGAUAUUAA